AUGUCGCAUUCUACAGCUUCAUCUUCAACUGAAACAAUCCCACAAAUUGUUUCUCCAAUAACAGCACAUCAGUUAAACAAUGCUAUACCACAAAAACUCAAAUUUAAUAAGAUAAGAACAUGUUUAGAAUUAAAAUUAGUUGAACCCGUAAUCUUCUUUCGUGGUAAACCUGAAGAAGCUGUUGGAUGUGUUUUAAGAGGCGAUUUAAUUUUAAAUUUAGCAAAAGAUACAAAUAUAAGAAAAUUAGAGAUGAAAUUCGUUGGUAAAACAAAAACUCAUUGGCGUGAAGAUAAAAAAUCCAUUUCUGAAGAAAGGGAAAUCAUCUCUCAUACUUGGGAAUUUAUUAACUCUUCAAAAAAAUCAAAUCAUAAUAAUACGAUAAAUCCGUUUCGAAUUAAAUCACUUACGAAUAAAUUUUCAAAUUCUUCAUUAAAUUCAUCAUCUACUUAUAAUUCAUCAUCUUCAUAUAAAACAUCUUUAUCUUCUGGUUCUCAUACUUAUCCAUUUGAAUUGUUUUUACCUGGUUCUUUACCUGAGUCUGCUAAAACAGAAUUAGGUACUGUCACAUAUUAUUUAAAAGCUAAAGCUUAUAGAUCAAGAUUAUCCCCUAAAAUACGUUUAUCACAAGAAGUAGAAAUUUUACGUACUCUUCCUGAUCAUAUAAAUUCUCAAGGAAUUGGUUUUUCAAGAGAAUUUGAUAAUUUAUUAUCUUAUGAAAUUAAUAUUCCAAAGAAAGCUUAUCCUUUGGGUCAAAAAAUUCCUAUAGAUAUGAAAAUUUCUCCUUAUAUUAAAAAAUUAAAAGUAACUGGUGUGAGGAUACAAGUAAUUGAAAAGACAACUUAUACUUCAUGUGGUCAAAAGGUUACAGAUUCUCGUGAAGUUGCAAGACAAAAUUUAGAAACAUUUGGUAAAAGUAGAUUGAUGGAUGAUGAGGAAGAUGGUGAUAUUGGAAAUGUUUUUUAUCAACAAGCAAUGGAUUUAACUUUACCAAAAUGUCUUCGACCUGUUCAUUAUUCUUGUACUACUCCUUUGAUAAGUGUUGCUCAUGAUUUAAAAUUUAGUUUUUUAAUAUCUUUACCACGUGAUCCUAACGUUCAAAAUUCAAUAAAACAUGCGGAAUUAAAGAUAAGUGUACCUAUAACUAUAUUAUCUUGUAAAGCUAUAGAAGAUUAUGUUACUUUACCAAGUUAUGAAGAUGAUAGUUUUUAUUGUCCUUGUCAUCCAGAAUAUUUAAGAAUGGCAAGAUUGGUUCUAGGAGAGAGUGAUGGAAAUAGGUUAGAAACUUGUUAUAAUGGAGGUUAUAAUCAUCAUAAAUUAAACGUACAAAGAUAUAAUUAUAAUAGGGCACCUCCAAGUUAUGAGGACUCAGUUGUCGAAAUAUAG